CACCCUCCUGAACUCUAGCUGUAUGUGAUAAGAUUACCAAAAGAAAAUAUAAGCAAACAUUUCUAUUAUUAUUCACGAAUAGUACCAUUGUUUAAACUUCCUGUCGUCCAAAGUUAUAAGAAACUUCAGUUUAACAUGGUAUUUUGUUAUUCAAUUUUAUUCACUUGAUAAUGCUUUGGUAGUUCCUGUUCGUCAUCCGAAAUUAUCAUUGUAUUUAAAGUUGAGCUUCGAAAAUGUGGCAAGAAUUGUUUAUUUUGGCUGGUGUUUUGUUAUGCGCGCUUCAAAAUGUUACGAGCCAGAAAGUGAUCUACUUCGACCAGAGACUGGAUCACUACAGUGAGAUCAACUAUGGAAACAAGACAUUCAAGCAGAAGGUCCUCAUCAAUGAAGACUACAUGCACCCCCAGCACAAAAGGGGUCAUCGUCAGGGGGAGGGGGAUGUUGAGCCCAGUCCUAUCUUCAUGUACACGGGGAAUGAGGGUCCAAUUGAUGGGUUCUACACGGCAUCAGGAUUCGUGUUGACCCUCGCGAAAAAAUAUAAGGCUCUUGUUGUCUUUGCCGAGCACCGAUACUACGGAGACUCGCUUCCCUUCGGAAACAGCAGUUUCGACUGGCCAGAAAUAGGCUUACUGACCGUCGACCAAGCGACCGCUGACUUUGCCAACCUCAUCAACCACCUGAAAGGUGUCUACAACCUUCAAAACUCGUCUGUUAUUUGCUUCGGGGGAUCGUACGGGGGAAUGCUGUCGGCUUAUAUGCGGUUCAAGUACCCGGACGUUGUCAGCGGGGCAUUGGCGGCGAGUGCGCCCGUUCGUCUGGCUGACUCGACAACUGCUCGCGAGAGCUUCUGGGUUUUGGCUACUCUAGAUUACCAGCAGGUGGGUCAAGAUGUGGUUGACCGCAUUAAGAGUGGGUUCAAUGACCUCAGCAAUCUAGCCAGUAACGGGUCAUCAGGCUACGCAGAAGUAUCCCAGAUGUUCAAUCUCUGCAAAACUAUUGCGAGUCAGGCUGACUUCACUCAGUUGCUGUACAUGAUCAGAAAUGCGUUUGUCGAGAUCACCAUGUUCGACUACCCCUAUGCCACAGAUUUUGAUGCUUCUCUUCCAGCGUGGCCAGUUAACUACUCCAGCAAGCUAGUUCGAAAUGCCAACACCAACACAGACGCAAUCGUGGCAGUGACCCAGCUAGUCUACAACAGUACUGGAGACGUGCACUGUUUCGACCAGUACGUCGAUUACAUCUACUGUUCCGACCCAACCGGGUGUGGUCUGGGCAACAGUGCGAAGGCGUGGGACUUUCAAGUGUGCUACGAAAUCAACCUGGCUGUAGGAAGCAGCUCCAAGACCAGCAUGUUUCCUGACCUCCCUUUUACAGACGAGACCCGAGACGCAUACUGCUCGAAAAAAUAUGGAAUCACCAGUCGACACGACUGGUUCGCCAUUAACUUCUGGGGAUCCGACGUCUGGUCCAGUUCCAACAUCAUCUGGAGCAACGGACUCUUGGAUCCCUGGCACGGAGCUGGAAUCCUCUCCAGUACUGAUUACAUGCUGCCAACUGUGAUUCUGGACCUAGGAGCUCAUCAUUUGGACUUGAGAGCUCCAAAUAAGGAGGAUCCACAAUCUGUGACAGAGGCGAGAAACAAAGAAGAUAAAUUAAUCGGAAAUAUUCUAGAUCUUUCUAGAAAGUAUAAGAACAAAAAUAAAUUCUAGUCAUAAAUAACAUAUACUCUUUAUACAAAGGUCAAAAACAUCAUACUUCAGCAAAAAUUGCCUUCAAUUGAAAUAUUAUUCACGCA